AUGGCCCCUAGCUCUGUCAAGGCUUCCCAGCGAGCCUUGGAUAAUCUCAAGUACUAUGCGGGCUCAUGUAGAGACUCGGUCCAAGACGUUGGUAACCGCUACGCAAUUACCGCGAAUGUCGACGACACGGUCCGUGAAAAGAUUGCGAGCUCCACACUCAAGAUCAUGAAUCAGUUCUCCUUCAUAGACGACACUACAAUCCUUCCCACGUGGACGCACUACAAUCGGCUGGUUCGUUUAGUCACCAAGCUUCAUACGACACUUCGCCGAUACGAGGACUCGGAACCGGACGAAGAGACCAUGGGGGACCUGCUGGACAUGUUGGAAGAUUGGAGCUACAAGUUCGAUCGCUAUUGGUUUCUGUUUGCUAUCUACGGUGAUGACCCUACCCCGUUGAUCCAAUGCCUACCCGGCCACACCCCCAACGACCGGCCCACGACUCUUACUGGGCCUCUCUAUGGACACCAUGUUGUUCUCAACUCAACUAUACAGCAUCUGAAUAUCCAACACCGAGGAAGGAAUGUCAUUGUCGACGGGCAUGGAUUGAUCGUGAAUCACGAGGAUCCAUCUUUAUCGAAUAACUUUCACGAAGGGAACAGCCUCUCCAACCGGCUCAGAAACGCCGCGGCACUUUCGUCGUCUCUGAUGAAUGCCGUCGCUGUCCUGCCAGUCCACCGGCAAACACCUACGCCCUUGGUCUUCGAGACAGAGGUGGAAGUGGAUAACUUGGACACCCUUCGCACGGCGCUGUGGAAUCAUGAUCUUGUUGUACCUGACGAAAACGCAAAGUUUGCUUUCGGCAUUGCCGAGGCUGUCCAUGGCCUGCACGUUUGCAACGUCCAGCAUGGCAGCAUUAUGCCCGAAUGUGUGCUUGUUGCUACAACCACCAAGGCCCUCCUCCACGGAUUUCUCUGCGACCCAUCUGGUGAUUGGGGAUGGAGGACAUCGGACGGAACACCUUACACUUGCAGCCGAUACUACAAUCUGGCUCGACGUGGCCAGAGAACUAUGAAGGACGACAUCCGAAAUCUUGGCAUUUGUCUCCUCGAGCUUGGCUCCACCCAUUCCUUUCUCGCCAAGCAGGAUGAGUUUCCUGGGCCUGGAGAACUGUGGACCGUUGACUCCACGAGAAGUCCACUUCUCCGUCCAUCCAAGUUGACGCCGAAGGAACUGCUCGGCCAUGCAGACGACAUGCUUGAUGAUCUCGGUCACCGCUUCAGCGCAGCCGUCCGUGCAUGUCUAACUGUAAGCGACCAACGCCUUGGAGAGCAAACCUGUGAUGAAAAGGUGGAUCUGAGUAUCUGGUUCAUUGAUAACGUGUUGCUUGAGCUGCGCAAGGUGAAUGUUGACUAUGAGGAGAUCCCUCCCGAAAAUCGAUGA